AUGUCCACUCGUGACAUUGCCUUCGGGCUGGGCAAGUCGGGCGAGAAGGCGUACGUUGUAGGGCCUGUGCCGGACAAGGAAACCAACGUUGCCCAGAGCCUCCUCGACAAGCAGCGCAACCUGGCUUCCAAGCCGAUCGACCCAGCUGUAGGGAGCAGCCCGAAGCAGGACGAGGAUCGCGCGCAUGUGGUUUACAACCGCAUCCACGGCACGGGAGCCCUGACCCCGGGAUCGCUUGCCAGUGUGCUUGAAGCAGGGAUCAAGAAGAAGUCGGCAGACAUGGAAACAGGCCCGGGCAAAACGGGUGGCGAUGGCAAUUGA